CCACCACGCCCACCACGUGCGCCACCGUUAAAAUGCUACAGCGCCCUCAAUAAUGAAUUGAUCACGUGAUUGCUAUGACAACUGUGCCGACGACAAGAUGGCGGAACUUUAGGGGUGUCAGAAAAUAGAGAGAAACUAUUCUUGUUUUGAAAGCUUCAUGAGUACAAUUUCACUGCUACAAAGCUUCUUAUUUUAUGCCUGAUAUUGUAGCUUUUCAAGGAACCAACUAGCUAACUAUGGAAAGUUUUUCUGAUGGUUAGCAACAGCAGUUUGCAAGAAAUGAGACCUGCCACCUCCAGCAGAAGUUUACCAAAAGUACACAAAAAGAAACCGCAACAUCGACGUGUACAAUCUGAUGAGGGCAGUGCCCUCGUUGCCAACGAGAUACCGUACCGCUUGCCGAAAGUAGAACUUUCACAAUCUCUUCCAACACCAAGAAGUACGAUUACAAGAAGAAUUAGUAGCAGCCACGAGACAACAAGUCAUGACCUACUCUAUAAAAUUGAUUAUAUGGGAUCCGAAAGCCUUGAGAAAUAUUUCCAGCGGAGAGAGAAGCUUCCGGACCCUCCUAACACCAUAGCACAGCUCAAACGCCAAGAGGGGAUUCAUAUGCCCACCUUCAAGAGGGCCAAUAUUCGACCUAUUGGCCCCAAUAACAAGAUGGGUGGCUACAGUGAGAACCUAGUGCAGGGACAUACAGCGAGUAGAACAAGUCUUGCAACAAGGGGUACUACUGGGCUUCCUGGCAUCUUUAAAUCAUCGGAGCUUAUGCAACAUUCAUCAAAUGGAACAAAACAGGCUGCUUGGAGACUAUCGCCAUAUCAACACAAGAACUAUGACGUGCAGGCCAUCCGAGGCCAGACUGGUCCAUUCUCAAGAGACUUCAUUAUACACUGCAACACCCCUAACAGCUGGCUACGCAUGAAAUUGAAGAGUCAGAAGACAGACCACUGACAGGAUGUUUUGGCCGGAGUUUGUUUUCUGAAAUAGAAUCGCUGAGUCCUGGAAUAAACAAGAUGAUAGAAGGUGAGAGGGGUACCGGCAAGGUACAGGCUUUGAACUUCACAGGGGCAUCAUCGGAAAUAAUUUUCCUGUCUCAUAACUUUGUCUUUGAGCCUUAUGAAGCGUUGUGACUUCACAACUGUUUCCAUGUCCAGCUGGCCUUGAACUUCGCUUCGUUUUAGGGCACAGCCUUUUUUUAAAUUUUCCACUUCUAUGAGGAAAAUGUAAAUUUGUAUGGGAACUUUGCAAAGGGCACCACAGCAAUUACUGUGGCGGCCAUGGGUUAUUUGGAGGUGAAGUGAAGGGCUUUAGCUCUACACAGUGUCACAGAGUAAUAUUCAUCUCUGCGCACAUACUCUUUGCCUUGUUGCCAUCCAUAAAAUGGGAUAAAAACACAGGCCUGGAAUUACAUCGAGGACAUGGCAUUUGUUGCCCGUGGUCUUGGCCUUGGUGCCCCUUCAAUAGUUUUCCAUUGACUUUAAGAUUUUCUAAUUGGAAGAGCCCUUUGCAAAAUUAAAAAUGACCUUGCCCUUUCAAAAAUGAAAUUCCAGGCUUAGAAACACGGUAUUGCAGGAAUGGUGUGAUUAGUGUGUGAAACUCCUUUCAGUAUGCUUUUUAAAUCUAUAAUUAUGUGUAAAGAAAUCUCAUUGGUUUGAAACCAGAGUCAAAGACUCGGUCUGAAUAAGUUUAUCUGAGAAAGCCGGUGCUUUUUAUCAUCAAAUGAUUUGAGUUAUCAGAUCAAUAGAGGGCGCUAUUUUAGAAGGAUAUGAUGCACUAAGAUGUUGUCAAUAUUUUGAAUCAGUGAUGAACAUUGUCAAAAGUUAUUUAUACAAUAAAUUUAUAUGACGUGCCAUUUGGAUGAUUAUUUGAUGGUUUAUAAAACUACUUUAUUAAGACUUUUUUAUAUCACCCCUUUGCAUGUACCAGAUCUUACGAUUGUGUGUGAAGACUUCAGAAGUUUUAUGCAGUUUUGUUAAAAUUGUUCAAAGCGUGAAUUUUCUUUUCAGUUGACUUUCUUAAUUUUCACUCUUGCCCAUUAUUACCUUGAUUUCUUUUUGAAUAUUCACGAUACAGUCAUUUUGCAUUUUCUUUACAAUAUGAUUAGGUAAAUAUACUGAGUACAGAUGGGACAACCCUGAAGUUUGGAACGCCGUGUAUGUUUAAGAAAAAUAUUGGGUUAUAUGGGCAUCACAGAUUUGACCCUUGCCUGUUCAUCUAGUAUAACAAGCGAUGACAGUCAUUUUGAAAUUUGGGAAAAUAAUUCAAAUUAAUGUGAUGGCCCAACAGACAGAUACAUUUCGUGUGAUGUUCUCUGACUGUGCCAAAUUCCACGUUAGUGUCAUAAAUUCCCCCAAAUAUUUCCCUAUCUGCCCAACUUAUAAUCCAUUUAUAAAAAAUGGUGUAUUUAUUUAAAUCUUUAACGCCCUGACCAAUCAGACAAAACAGUCGAAGCUAUUUUUAAUAUUUCAUUUUCAAUGUAUUUUGUUAGUGUCAGCAUUGCCUACAGUUCCGGUCAUUUUUUGUCAUAAACUACAAAAAUAAACAAAGCAGUCAAGCAAUUUCAACUUCUACCAAUCGGAAAAUGACACCAGAUUUAUCGCCUGAAAGAAAUAAGCUAUUAGGAAAAUAAAUUCUGGCGUAAUGGAUGAUGGGUAGAUUGAGCCAGCCCGAUGGCGCUGCCAGGGGCUCGAAGACGCCUCAGUCACCCAGCCGACCUCAUCGACCCUUCCUCCAACGACCCGACCCCUCCGUGGCAGAACACACAAACUGCACCAUCGCAUUCCUGUCCAUCAGCCUUCACCGGUGCCAAGUAUGCGCCAAUGAUUUCACAGUGUUGAAAUGAGUACCGGUGUCAUUGACCUUUGACCUUUAGUCACCCUGCCUACUGAAACUUGACAAGAGUGGUGAUUGACAGCCAUGCCAUUUUAGUAAGGUGCACCGAAAGUGCCAAAAUCUGACCGGAUUUUGUGUGUUGGUUUUUCGUUUACAAUAAGAUUGAAACAGCCGUAGCUACUAUUAUUAUAAGAAAUAUUUGUUGGCCUUUUGUCUGGGCGAAUUCAGAAUCGAUCUUGAAUGUUUCCCAAAAUUAUUCAUAAGGGUUUCAAACGGAACCACUUUGAUCAAUCGAUGUGUAGCGGGGUUUGGUUUUGACAUAAAUGGGACACUGUAUAGUGGUAGCUGACUGCAUUUCUGGGCUGUGUAAAUAACCAAAUUUGCAUUAAAAAGGUGAAGCUUAGAUGAUGUAAAUACAAUGCGUUAUGUUGGUUUGCUGUAAGCGUCGAGUGAACUUGAAAACUCAGAACAUUUGAAUGCAAAGCUUGUGGAAAAUGCUGUGAGAAGAUGUUUUUUACAAAAGAUAAAAUGGUUAGAAUAUGGAUAAUAAUCAUUGUGUUGAUCACAAUUAUUUAUGAAUGAAAUGUAUUCUAAAUUAUUUGAUAGAACUAAGACCUUAUGAUUGAUUGAUAUUAGAAUUUCUGGAAAAUACUAUUUUCCAAAGGCAUGAAUUAUGUAUGAAUUAUGCAUGAAUUAUGUAUAUAUUGGCUUAUUUUGCAUGUUGCUUGUAAAUUUCAUGAAGGAAAUUCAUAUUUUCUGGAAUGAUUUUUUCUCUUCUAAUUUGUUGUGAUUAUUUUUCAAUGUUCAAAUAAGGUACACAUUAUGUAUAAAUAUAGAAUGAACUAUCUGUAA